GGCUUUUGGUGCCAGUGCGCCCGAGGCAUCGAGCUUGAUAGUUCCAGCACGCCGACGCGGUGCUCUGCGUUCAUUCCCACUUUCAAAGUUGACGCCUCCUUCUCGGUCGCAUGCCGCCGUCGACCGUGUGCACCUUUACUGAGUGCAGCCGCCCGGCGAUGCCCGACUCCAACAAGUGUGUCGUCCACAAGAACAAGCUCAAGUGCUCACGCGACGGCUGCCACAACCAGGUCUACGCCCGGUACCUCUGCGUACGACACGGCGGGAAGAAGCAGUGCCAAGUACCCAGUUGCCGCGCGUCUGUCAGCCGUGGCGUGUUCUGCACUGAUCAUGGCGGAGGCGUCGCCAAGCGUCUCUGCACGGAGCCCGGUUGCAACAGCCAGGCCCACGCCCGCUACAAGUGUGUGCGCCACGGCGGCGGUCGCGGCUGCAGACACAAGGGCGGAUGUCCCAUGUACGCUCGGUACGGCGGUUUCUGCCGGCGCCACGCUACAGACAGCGUCAUGACCAAGCGCGAGGAGCCCGCACUGGUGACGGUGCCCUUUUUUUCAACGCCUGCGCCGCUCGAAAAGUCAGCGAGCGAUGGGCCCAUGGACGACAGCACGCUCUAUCAUGCGAUCGACAAUGCGAUCUUGACCUUGCUCUGCGACUCGCUCGCGUCGAUUUCGCAAGGGCAGUCCGGUAUUCCGUGGAGCUGUCUUGUCGACGAUGCUCCGGCGUGCUCCUUCUCGAGGUAGCUGCGAUGCAAAGCAUCCAGUUCAAUUUAUGCAACGAAUAAACCUUCGUGUCCUUUCUUUCAGUA